AUGCAUGUGAAGGAUGCGGGGGGCUCCAUGACCAUCCAUGCAUUUGGCGCCUACUUUGGGCUCACAGUGGCCUGGAUCCUCUACCGCCCUAACCUAAACCAGAGCGAGGGGAGGAAGAGUUCUGUGUACCACUCGGACCUCUUUGCCAUGAUCGGUACCCUCUUCCUGUGGAUGUACUGGCCCAGCUUCAACUCGGCUAUAUCCAACCACGGAGAUGCUCAGCACCGGGCGGUCAUCAACACCUACUGCUCCCUAGCAGCCUGCGUGCUCACCUCCGUGGCGCUCUCCAGCGCCCUGCAUAGAAAGGGCAAGCUGGACAUGGUGCACAUCCAGAACGCGUCGCUCGCCGGAGGAGUGGGCCUGGGCACCGUUGCCGAGCUGAUGAUCCUGCCUUUCGGCUCCCUCCUCAUCGGCUUCAUCUGCGGCAUCGUCUCCACCCUGGGUUUUGUGUACCUGACGCCAUUCCUGGAGUCCCGGUUGCGCAUCCAGGACACGUGUGGUGUUCACAACCUGCAUGGCCUUCCUGGCAUCAUAGGCGGUAUUGCGGGCGCGGUGACGGCAAGCAUCGCCAGCAUUGAUCUGUACGGGGAGGAAGGGCUUGCCGAUACCUUUGGUGUUGAAAGAAGCAAGACAAGCUGGAGCCCAAACAUGCAGGGCAGGUUCCAGGCUGCCGGGCUCUUUGUGUCACUGGCCAUGGCCCUGGUGGGCGGCAUCAUUGUAGGGGUCAUUCUGAGAUUACCAUUCUGGGGACAACCGCCUGAUGAGAACUGCUUUGAUGAUGCAGUCUACUGGGAGGUGAGUUCUACUGGCUUGUCCUGCGGCUUCUCUCCCAGGACCCCAUCAGCUGGGCUGGGACCUGGGAAGCUGGAAGCUGAGGGUCGGGGGACAGAGCUUGUGUCCUCUGCUCCUUUAUCCAGGAGGCUGUCCCCUGGGGG